UUUCAAGAUGUCAGUGAUAGCUUAGCUUGUUGUUUUAGCAGGUCAUCAUAGCUCAUUCUCGAGCUGACUCAUUACCAUGAUGAGAUUUAUAGUUAUAGUCCUAACUAUCUAUAUUCGAUAUCACUGAAAAUUGAUUAAAUCUGCAGCUUGCGGCUGCUAUUUGAGUCAUGAAGCGGUGGCAGGUCAGACAGCUAAAUUAGCCUGAAGUUAGCCUGGAGAGAUAUGAGUAGAGACACACAGGUCCAGAAUGAAAUGGUUGUAAAACGCAGCUCUUGGUCCAAAAAGAGAAACCGAGAUGGAUUGAGGAGUGAUUUAAAUCCGGCUAAGAAGCGGCUCAGCACUGAGAAAUUCAAAACGACUGAAGAUGGAAAUGCAAUGCAGGUGAAGACAGAGGACACAGGCAUAGAGCAGUGCUGCAGUGACAGUGAGGAUCUCUUUGAUGGCUAUGACAGUAUCAUCGCUGACACCUCCUUCCUUGCCAAACUGGAAGAUGUGGAACAGGACCAAGCACCACAAACCAUCAAAAGCACUGUUGCUCAUCUCGCAGACUUCACCGACGAUUUUCAUGACGCAUCACUGAGGGAUUUACCCAGCUCUCAACUUGCGUUCCAGCAAGACUUGCAAAAUAAAUUGCACCCCAGCCACACAGGAGGAAUUGCGAGCACGUCUACUUCUGAUGUGAAAUGCUUGAAGCAGUCUGACUGCGAUGAUCAGAACAAACCAGCCAGCAAGGCCAGGAGAAGCAUGGCCGACCAGCUGAAGAGGGCCAUGCUGGAAAACGCAGCUUCUUCCAACACCAUGUCGAAGAUGAUUCUGCAGAAAGAGGCAGCAGUGAGUGAAGAAAUCAGUGCUGCCGUUCAGACCAUCAAGUCUGCUCCCCCAGAAGGAGACCUGGGUCCUUUCUUUGGGCUUCCAUCCAAGGUUAAGGAUUUAAUUAUGAGACUGAAGAGGAUUGACGACUUGUAUGAGUGGCAGAAGGUAUGUCUGAAUUUGGACUCGGUUCUCCACAGAAAGAAUCUCAUCUACUCUUUACCGACAAGUGGAGGGAAGACGUUGGUGGCUGAAAUUCUUAUUUUUAAAGAGAUUCUCUGUAGGAAGAAAGACGCACUGCUGAUAUUACCAUAUGUAUCCCUGGUGCAAGAAAAGGUUCGAGGCUUGUCUACUUUUGGUAUUGAGCUGGACUUCUUGGUGGAGGAGUAUGCUGGAAGUAAAGGAAAAUUCCCUCCUGUAAAAAGACGAACCAAGAACUCGCUUUACAUCGCCACGAUCGAGAAAGGCCACAGCCUGGUGAACUCACUGAUCGAGACAGAGCGACUGGACAACAUCGGCCUGGUGGUGGUGGAUGAGCUCCACAUGCUUGGAGAUGGCAGCAGAGGAGCAGUUCUUGAGAUGACGCUGGCCAAAAUACUGUACAUCAGCAAAAGCACACAAAUCAUCGGAAUGAGUGCAACCCUGGGCAAUGUAGCUGAUCUCCUGAGCUUCCUGAGGGCUGAGAACUACACCAAUGACUUCAGACCUGUCCAGCUGAAUGAGUACGUGAAACUGCGGGACAGUAUAUAUGAAAUCAAGCCAAAGGAGGAGCAGUGCUUCCAGUUCUCACGUAUGCUGAAGUUUAAACAGUACUCCAGCGGCAUGCAGAAGCUGGAUCCAGACCACAUUAUUGCUCUGGUUACUGAAGUGAUCCCGCAGCAGUCCUGUUUGAUAUUCUGUGCCACCAAGAAAAACUGUGAAAACGUAGCUGGAAUGAUCUGCAAGUAUCUGAAUAAAGACUUCCUGAAGCACAGAGAGGAAGAGAAGGCGACUCUGCUAUCCGAGCUGAGGAACAGCGGAAACGGCUCUCUGUGUCCUGUGCUGCAGAAGACGGUGCCCUUCGGCCUGGCGUACCACCACAGCGGUCUGACCAGUGAUGAGAAGAAGCUGCUGGAGGAGGCGUACUCAUCCGGAGUGCUCUGUCUCCUCGCCUGCACCUCCACCCUAGCUGCAGGCAUCAACCUCCCCGCCCGCAGGGUGAUCCUCCGCUCCCCGUACGUGGGCGCAGACUUCUUAAAGAGGAGUCAGUACAAGCAGAUGGUGGGAAGAGCGGGUCGUGCUGGGAUUGAUUCAGAGGGCGAGAGUAUCCUCAUCCUGCAGGAAAAAGACAGGGACAGGGCCAAACAACUGGUGUGUGCACCAGUGGAGAACUGUUACAGCAAUCUGCUGCAUGAUGGGAAUUGCGGUCUACUGAGUCUCAUCCUGUCCCUCAUCGGCCUUAAUAUAUCAGGCACUGUGGAGCAGGUCCUGGAGUUUGUGUCCAUGACGUUACUCAGCGUCCAGGAGACUCGGCUUUGUCAGCAGAAAAGUCUUCAAAAGCUUGUAGUGGAGAUGAUAGAGAUACUGAAACAGAAGCGUCUCAUUGACACCUUUCCACGCGAGCAAUCUGUGCUGCAGGUCACCAAACUUGGAAGAGCAACAUAUAAAGGUUCGGUAGAUCUGAGAUACUCUGGUGUCCUCUACGACGACUUGUCUAAAGGUCUGGAGGGUCUGCUGCUGAACAGUUUCCUGCAUUUGGUGUAUCUGGUCACUCCAUAUGACCUUGUGUCCCAGAUCAAGCCAGACUGGAUGAUCUAUUUCAGCCAGUUAACAAAGUUGUCUGCCGCUGAACAGAAGAUGGCAGCCACUAUUGGAGUGCCUGAGAGUUUCCUCGUUCGGAAAGCAGCUGGGCAGAGUGUGAGGAAGAGUAUGAACCCUGUAGUGGUGAACAGGCUGUACCUUGCACUGGUGCUUUAUUCUUUGCUGAAUGAGACAAACGUGUGGAAAAUCUCUGACAGAUUCCAGCUGACGCGAGGCCUCAUUCAGACCCUCGUCGGUUCGGCCUCAGCCUUCUGCUCCUGCGUGUUGCAUUUCACUGAGGAGUUGGAGGAGUUUUGGGCCUAUAAAGCUCUCCUCACUGAGUUGACCCGCAGACUGACCUACUGCGUACGGGCUGAACUCAUUCCACUGAUGGAGGUCACCGGAGUCAUGGAGGUGUGCUUGUUUGUGAAAUCUGUUCAUUCUAUAUGCUUGGAGUACCUUCAGUUACAACUUUAUCUUGGACAAGGUCUGGAAUGGAUCUGGAGCCUAUCCUUGGAACACUGGUUCCGAGCCAAACAGCUGUAUAAUGCUGGGUACAAAACACUGGCUCAUCUGGCUAAUGCUGACCCGAAUGUGAUGGUGAAAACUGUGGAGAAUCUCUAUAAGAGACAGGCUAAUCAGAUUGUGGCCUCAGCAAAAAUGCUGUUACAGGAGAAAGCCGAAGCUCUGCGGGAGGAGGUCGACGAGCUGCUUAUGUUCCCUACUGACCUCCCAUGUGUCUAAAUUUGUCUGUAAUGUAAUUUAAUUUAAUAUGUGUACUGUUUAUAUUUAUUUGUGAUGGCUAGCCCGUAUGUCUAAAAUAAAAAAAAAUAAAAAAAAUAGAUGCUGCAUUUUAUUUAUCAGUUUGUAUAUGCUUUUUUGUUUUAUCAUGAAA